AAAACGUGUCACGUUACUAAGCUUAACUCUUUAUUUAGACACGUUUUGCACUUUUUGGCUCACUGUACACCCACAAAAUAGCCAAUUCCCUGCGGUCAGUGUUUGAACGCUCCUCCAACAGUCUCAGUGGGUGAUGUUUGGUGAAAUCUCACGCUUUGCUCCUGUUCCCUCACUGCGAGACCAGCGGCACGCUGAUAAACACUCGCGAGCCAUGCGAAUUUAAAGCUCUGCGACAAACUCGUGAUGCAGCUAAUCUGAUAUAUCCGAGAUAUUUUACAAGAAGUUAGUGGAUUAUCGAAGUUAUGCUAUUUUCCCGGAUCAUCGCAACAGCUUGAAAAUGAACCCUCAUUGCGCGCGCUGUGGGAAAAUUGUCUACGCAACUGAGAAAGUCAACUGCCUGGACAAGUAUUGGCACAAAGGAUGCUUCCAUUGUGAAGUGUGUAAAAUGACUCUCAACAUGAACAACUACAAGGGAUAUGAGAAGAAACCCUACUGCAACGCGCACUACCCAAAACAGACCUUUACAAUCGUGACAGACACCCCUGAGAACCUACGGCUGAGACAGCAAAGUGAGCUCCAAAGUCAGGUCAAGUACAGGAAGGAUUUUGAACAGAGCAAAGGUCGGGGCCUCAAAUUUGUUUUGGAUACUCCAGAGCUGCAGAGACUGAGGAAGGCCCAGGAUCAGAUCAGUAAUGCCAAGUAUCACAAGGAUUUUGAGGUGUCAGGUUUGCAUGGGGUCACUCAGGGAUUGCGUGGAACGUACCUGGUACGGCCUCAGGUGGCACCCAGCCACGAAACGGUGGGGAACAGCACACACAAGGGUGUCCAUCAGUGCAUAAUGGAGUUGGAUCGAAGACCUGGUGUCAUUGUGGCACCUGUUCUUCCUGGUGCCUACUAUCCCAGUGGCCACAGCCAUGGGCACAGCUACAUGCAUCAGACCAGCAUGCAUUCACUGAGGUCAAUGCAGCUGAGGUCACAACACACGAGUAUGGGAAGUAUGAGCAUGACUGUGUACAGGGCCCUGUAUGACUACACGGCACAGGAUUACGAUGAGGUGUCAUUCCGGGAUGGUGACAUCAUUCAGAACGUGCAGUCGAUCGACGAAGGCUGGAUGUAUGGAACGGUACAGCGGACGGGGAGAUCAGGUAUGCUGCCUGCCAACUACGUAGAAGGAAUUCGCUAGGUGUCCUACAUCUCUCUCACUGAACCUCGAAUAAAACGCCAUAUCUGAAUUGUUCAUAGGCAUCAAAUGUUUGUAAACAGUCACAGCUCUUUUUUAAUAGUGUUAAUUGUCCCACUUUGUAAGUGCUUAUAAUGUUAUAUCUGUCAUUUUGUAACUCUGUUCAAAAGUUUGGGGCGAAUAAGAUUUUUUUUUUUUGAAAGAAAUUAAUAAUUAAAUUAAAACAAAGAUGCAUUAAAUUGAUAAAAAGUGACAGUAAAGAUAUUUAUAAUGUUACAAAAGACUGCAUUUUCAAAUAAAUGCUGUUUACUGCUGUUUUGAACUAUUUAUUAAAGAGUCCUAAUAAAAAAAGUAUCACAGUUAUAUAAAAAAUUUU